AUGCAUCUUCUGGCAGAACGAAUCAUUCUUACGCACUUACGUGAUGCUGGCUUACUGAAGGGCGAUGUGGAAGAGAUGAUGAAAGCACGAAUGGGCUCGAUUUUUAUGCCGCAUGGGCUGGGGCAUUUUAUGGGUCUUGAUGAUGCUGAGCCAAGAUCCGAUUUGUUAGGAUUAAAAUCGCUGCGCACAACACGAACUUUGCAAGAAAGAAUGGUAAUUACAAUUGAACCGGGAUGUUAUUUUAUCAAUACUCUUCUUGAUGCAGCUUUGAAUAAUCCGGAACAGAAGAAAUUUAUUGUCGAAGAGAAGCUAAAUGAAUACAGAGGGUUCGGCGGGGUGCGAAUCGAAGAUGAUGUGGUCAUUUGGGCCAGUGGAAAUGAGUGCUUGAGUAAGGAUUUGCCAAGAACAGUGGAAGAAAUUGAACAGUUUAUGACGAAGAAAUAUUUAAAUGAAGUAAAUUGA